AUGCGACAUACUAUGGGUAACACGCCACAUUUGUUAACAACUGCGAGGAUCCUUAUGGCUAUUGAUUUGGAAUUGUGGUAUAUGCGAUCUUUGAAAUUUAUGAUUUCACACAACUAUCUUGGACCUAAACUUCUGAUGAUUAAAAGUAUGGCACGUGAUUUGGCUUCUUUCUUAUAUAUCAUAUUUGUAUUCAUAAUCGCUUAUGGUGUUGUUUCGCGUGCUAUGAUCAUGUAUAAAAAAGUCGAUUUCAAUGUUCAUGACAUAUUUAGUCGAAUACUUUAUCCUCCCUUUUCAUUUUUAUUUGGUGGUAGCGAUAAACUUCUUGAAGGCAAGUAG